AUGAACUAAUAAUUUGAUUGUAACACAUUCUUAGCUCCAAAACCAAAUCAUGGAACAUCUACUAUUAGCCUUCACUUUCUUUCUUUCAUCACUCAUUUGCUACAUAAUUUUCCGGCCAAUGUUAAGCCGGCACAAAAACCUCCCUCCAUCUCCGUUUUUUAAAUUGCCGCUCAUCGGCCACAUGCACAUUUUAAGUCCCCAUCUUCACCAAUCAUUUGACCGUCUCUCUCGCAAAUACGGACCAUUAUUCUCUGUUGAUUUUGGUUCCGUUCCUUGUGUUGUUGCUUCCACUCCUCACUUUGCAAAACUAAUCCUUCAAACAAACGAACAAUCUUUUAAUUGUCGAUAUGAAUCAGUGGCCAUUAAACGUCUCACAUAUGAUGCAUCUCUAGCAUUUUCGCCCUACGGAGACUAUUGGAGAUUUGUUAAAAAGCUUAGCAUGAGCGAGCUUUUAAGCUCUCGUAACAUUAACAACUUCCAACAAUUACGUUUACAAGAGAAUCACGUCAUCCUUAAACUUUUUGCUAAUAAAGCUAAAAGCUAUGAGACUGUGAAUGUGACACAAGAGUUUCUUAAGGUGACAAACAGUGUUAUUUCUAAAAUGAUGUUGGGGGAAGCUGAGGAAGCUAGGGAUGUUAUACGAGAUGUGACCGAGAUGUUUGGAGAGUUUAAUGUGUCAGAUUUUAUUUGGUUGUUUAAGAAACUUGAUAUACAAGGGCUUGGAAAGAGGAUAGAGGAUUUGUUUGUAAGAUUUGACACAUUGGUGGAAAGAAUUAUUAGUAAAAGAGAAGAGAUGAGAAAGAACAAACGAAUUGUGAAAAAUAAGAGUGAGGAGGAGGAUGGCACUGAAUCUAGAGACUUUCUUGAUAUCUUGCUUGAUUGUAUCGACAAUAAGAACUCUGAAGUAAAAAUUGAAAGGGUUCACAUUAAGGCACUGGUUAUGGAUUUCUUCACAGCUGCAACAGACACAACAGCAAUUUCAACAGAAUGGGCAUUAGUAGAACUAAUGAAUAACCCUUCAUUGCUCCAAAAAGCUCGUGAAGAAAUAAACAAAGUAGUUGGGAAAAACAAACUAGUAGAUGAAUCUGACAGUCCAAAUCUUCCUUAUCUCCAAGCAAUAGUAAUGGAAGCAUAUCGUCUCCACCCACCAGUACCAAUGGUUGCUAGAAGAUGUAUCAAAGAUUGCAAAAUUGAAAACUAUAUGAUCCCAAAAAAUAGUUUAAUCUUUGUCAAUACUUGGUCUAUUUGUAGAAAUCCAAAAUAUUGGGAUAAUCCAUUGAAGUUUGAUCCUGAAAGAUUUUUACAAAAUUCAACAGAUUCAUAUAUUGAUGUGAGAGGACAAAAUUUUUCACUUUUGCCAUUUGGGUCAGGAGCAAGGAUGUGCCCUGGAAUUAAUUUAACUAUGCGAUUAGUGCCAGCUUUGCUUGGUGCUAUAAUUCAGUGCUUUGAUUUUCAUGUUUUGGAUUCUAAGGGUCAGAUUAUGAAGGGUGGUGAUAUUGCUAUUGAUGUCAAUGAAAGGCCAGGAUUGACUGCUCCUAGGGCUCAUGAUUUGGUUUGUAUUCCUGUUGAAAGGAUUGGUUACCGUGGACCUCUUGAAACCCUUGGAUGUUGAUUGUUCCCUCCUCAUUUCAUCGGUUGAUUAUGGAUUUCAAUUUCAAUAAUCUUGUUUUAUGUUGUCCUUUUCAUUUACUAAUUACUACAAAUUAUAAUAAUUUCGACAAACGAACAUCUUCUGUUCA